AUGGCGGCCAAACACGAAGAAAAUGCUGUAACACCAGAUUCAUCCGUCUGCAAUACAGCAGAACCUGGAACCACCUCCAGUCGUCACUUAACCAAACCGGUUCCCACAGCAGUUGCAGUUUCCAGACGACAAACCAGACAACCCAUGGUCCAACAGGAACACACCGGUAUUAUCAAUACUCGUAGAGCAGUUCCAGCUCAACGAGCACCAAUGGCACCAGCACGUCCUCCACCUCGUGAACCUGCAGCUGUGGUGGGCCAAGAAACAGAUUGUCAAGGAAAAACCAAGUUCUUUGUCACUAAUAGACAUGGAGACCUUGACGGAGAGACUACAGUGGAAGAGAAGCAUUCAUAUGAACUCAAGAAAAAUUUGAUUGAAAAAUACUUGGCAAGCCACAACUUCACUCAGUCUUGGGACAUUGUGCCUGGAGAAUCUAUCCUGACAUGCAUUGUGGAUAUUUUAAAAGGGCAAAUGUAUCCCACGAUUUGUAGCGCCCAAAAGGAAACGCAACAAUGCUAA